AGCGGGUGGGUCCGGGUAGCGGUCAUGGCAGCCGGCCUUCUGGGAAAUCCACGAUGCCGACCGAGGCUGGACCGGAGCAAAGAACUGCCCGCGGCCACUGUCAACUCGAACCGCGGACUCGUGGUUUAAAAUAGACUUGGGCCGGCUGUUCUGGUGCGCUCCAGGUUAGGAAGUUGGAAUGACCCAGAAACUUAAGACAGCAUGCUCCUGCUCUGGAUGCAGAAAGGUCACUGCUCUGGAACGGCAGGUGUUUGACUUCCUGGGCUACCAGUGGGCACCCAUCCUGGCCAACUUCGUCCACAUCAUCGUGGUCAUCUUGGGGCUCUUCGGCACCAUUCAGUAUCGGCCACGCUACAUUGUGGUGUAUGCUGUGUGGGCAGCUGUCUGGGUUACCUGGAAUGUCUUCAUUAUCUGCUUCUACCUGGAAGUGGGGGGCCUUUCAAAGGACAGUGAGCUCUUGACCUUUAAUCUCUCCCGGCAUCGUUCCUGGUGGGAAGAGCAUGGGCCAGGCUGUCUUCAUGAAGAGGCAGCCACAGCUAGACUGGGGGUAAUGCAUGGCCAGUCCUUGGUGGUAGAUGCCGGCUGUGCCAUGGCGUACAGCUAUGUGGAAACCCUGCACAGUGGUCUGCAGAUCCUGCUGGCGCUCCUGGGUUUCGUCUAUGGCUGCUACGUGGUCAGUGUGCUUACAGAAGAAGAGGACAGCUUUGAUUUCAUUGGUGGAUUUGACCCAUUCCCCCUGUACCAUGUCAAUGAAAAGCCGUCCAGCUUCUUGUCCAAGCAGGCGUAUUUGCCUGCAUAAGUGAGGGAACAGCUGACCCUGCUCCUGCAACCCAGCUUCAGCCAUGGGAACAAUGAGGAGACUCCAGGCCUGGAGUCACAGCUCUGCUUCCCUGCCUGCAGAGCAUUUUUUCCAAAUUCCCCUUGGAUACCAGUGAGGGGAGGGGGCACUGCAGGCCGGGGGGAGGGACACUGCAGGGGGGGAGGGGCACUGCAGGCCGGGGUGACUGCACUGUGAGUUUGUAAUUUUUCUUUCUUUUUUUCUAAAAAAAAAAAAAUAGUAAGAAAAGACACAAGAGAAUAUAGAAACCAACAAAGUGCAUCCCUGGUCUCCUUGGGCAGCUAACAGUAAGCCUAGGCAGUUUUCCCAGGAGUCCCCUGAGUGCUCUGUCCUGGGGUUACAGGGCCUGAAGAACACGUAAUGCUGCCAAGGGAAGGGCUCAUCAGAGGACAACAAGAAGGUUCAGUCCCAGCCCGGGUGGCAGUGGUGCAUGCCUUUAAUCCCAGCACUUGGGAAGCAGAGGCAAACGGAUCUCUGUGAGUUCGAAGCCAGCCUGGUCUACAGAGUGAGUUCUACAGAGUGAGUUCCAGGACAGGCUACAAAGCUAUACAGAGAAACUCUGUCUCAAAAAAGAAAAAGAAAAA